UACACACUGUAUAUAAGCUAGUUCAAAACUUUUAAUAAAAAGCACAAGACAUGAGGCUGUGAUGUUAGCUGGAAAUCUACAAGCAUUAUAUACGUUCGGGAGUGUGAUUUCAUGUCUGUGUCUUGUUCUAACGAGGGCUGUGAUGAGGUGCUCAGUGAAAGCGAUGUCAAGCAUCGUGAAAUCGAGUUAUGUCGCUUCAAGACAACGACCUGUGACGACUGUGGGAAAAAGAUGCCUCAUCAUAAAUAUGGCGCUCAUGACUGUGUUUUACGACGUGAUGUUGAUGAAAUGAAGAAAGAUCUUGCAGAAAUGAAAGUCACGCAACACGAAAUGAUGAACGAAAUGAGAGAAGGUAUGCAACGAAUCACAAUCGCUAUUGAAAAGCUUGAAAAGUCGUCUCAAAAUGUUGCCAUGAACGUUGUCAACUCCAUGAACAGUGAUAUGGUUGUUAUUGGGGGUCUGGAUCUCGAAGAUAAGGUCCUCUCUUCCGUGGAGCGUUUUAACUUCUUCAACCAAACCUGGAAACCACUGGCUGAGUUGAAAAUUGGUCGAUAUAGUGCAGCAGCUGUGGUGUUUGCAAAGCAAAUACUGGUUUGUGGCGGAUUUAUCAGUGACAGCUCUGAUGCUACAGAUAGCAUAGAAGUAUUGGAUCUGAGUGUUCAUCCACCAACAUGGCAGGAGUUUGCUGUUAAUCUUCCUAUCAAGGUGGCUGAUCACCAGUGUGUUGUUUAUGGUAAUCGCUUGCUGAUUAUUGGUGGUAAAAAGACAAAGAAGCGAAAGAGUUUGGAUGUGAUAUACGAGCUGCUCCUUGUUCCUCCUUAUUCAUCCAAAUUGCUUUGUCACAUGAAGAAGAAACGAAUAUACCAUGGAGUGGAGUUAUUCGAUGAUAAGGUUUUGAUCGCCGGUGGGCAAGAGACUGGAAAUGAUGUGGAAAUAUUUGACAUAACAAGAAAUGAAUGUGUUGAAAUGCCACCACUACCAUCUCCUCUUUGGGGUAUGGCAACAGUUCGUCGUGAUGACACCAUGCUUUUGAUUGGAGGGUAUGACAACGAAGAGAACACCAGCAAUGAGAUUAUCGAAUAUGAUUUUAAGUCUGGUCAGAGUAAGGCCUGUCUUAUACGUCGAAUUUUGGUCGCGUCGAAUGCAAUUAAGACAAUAGAUAAUGAGAUGAUAAACCUCAUUAAGCUUCAUUAUCUAUUGUUUGAAUUGCAUUCGACGCGACCGAAAUUCGACGUAUAAAACAGGCCUAAGGUUCUAAUGGUCAUGGAAAAGGAUGGAGUUGAUUGGUUUGCUGUGCAUAGUAGUAACACUCUUGUUGUAAUUAGUGUGGGGGAUACUGAUGCAAUGGAUUGUUUCAACUUCCUAUCCUAUUCUUGGAAGCAAUUACCUUCUGCCACUCAAACAAGGUUAUUUGCUUGUGCUGUUGUUGUGAACAAUUCUGAAUGUCAAAAUUCUGAAUCUCAAUUUUUUUGUUGUUGUGGCUGAGCAUAGUCAACAUAUAUAUUAACUAUGGGCUAAGGCUCCAGCAGCUCCCUGCGGUGUGUGAUAAAUUGACAUUUCUUGUCGAAUACUGGGACACUAUUAUAGUAAUGUAAUAAUUGUAAAAUAAACACAAGUAUGAGACUGCAAAGAACAGAGCAUAGAAUGAUAGUCAUUGCUUAAUUAUAUAUAAUUAUUAAGGUUUUGCCAAUACGUAACUGUAGUAAAUGAAUUUUGUAUCUGCAACUGAAUAAAACAUUUUUUUUUUUGUCAAA